AUGAACCAGACCAUGUCUCAUAUCUCUAUGGACGUCUUGCCGAACAUGGACAACGCUGAUGUCAAGGAUUACUACGCCGGCCAUACCAUACAACACAGUCAUCGCAUCCGUGUCCGCACGCCCAUCAUCUGGACCCACGAGAACGGGAUGAGGAGCGCCGCUAUGACAGUCAAGCCCAACCUCAAUGAGGCGGUAGCAGUUCCCGUCAACGGCGCCGAAAUCUGUGUUCCCAAUCUUCAAGCACACGAUCUGCCCUUCAUCGGUUCUCCUCUCGCUAGAGCCAUCCGCCAAGUCACCGAAGAGCCUUCUUCCCAUCCGCCAACGUCGAUCCCAGGUCUUUGGCUUCAUCCACAAGCUCAGUCAGACAACAACAUGCAGCUCCAGAUCAUCCCUCCUGCCAACGCCAUCACCAUACCUUCUUCAUCCUCAUCGGAGAAUCCCCGCUAUCCUGCUCUGUCCCCUACGGCUAGCCUACAAUUGCACUACGAGAAGCUGCUGCAUGAGCGCGACCAGCGAGAGCUUCAAUACAUUGCUGAGAGCAAGGAUAAGGAUAGGAUGAUCAGGACGCUGAGGGCCCAGCUUGGAUGGUCUUUGGACUAG